AUGAAUAGUUUAAAAUCAUUAGAAACUGUUAAUGUUAGAUGUUCAUAUGACAAUGAAUAUUCGUUCAAAAAUUCAGUAUGGGUUUUAACAUAUUUAAACAAAUUAAAUAAUAAAGAUAUAAUAAUUAAUUUUGAAUUGGAUUUGGCUUGCUUUAAACCAUAUCAACCCAAAAUAUUAGAACAUAUUGAAAGAGAAGAAUUCAAAUUUAAAACAAAUCUAUUUGAAGUUGAAUAUGAUUAUGAAGAAGGUACAUCCUAUGGAUUCGUGUAUGAAAUGAUUAAAGAAUUAAAUCCAAAAUAUUUAAAAAUAACACCCUUUAGUUCCUCUGAUGCAGGAGAAUCACAUCUUCGACAAUAUCACUCAAUUUCAAAAUUAAAUCAAAACUAUGAAAGUGUAGAAAUCCUUGGUGACUUCAUACCAUUAUAUGCACUUUAUAGAUUUUUACAAUCACCAAAUUUACAUACACUCGAAUUCGACCUUCAAUUUCAUUUUAUAUCUUCAAUCUAUGAUAAUAGUAAAUUUGGUGGUGAUAAAACAGAAUUUGAUUUUAAUAAAAUGGAUAAUUUUAAUUUUAGAAAUUUUAUUAAUUUCCAAGGUGAUACUAUUGGUGAUGGUAUUAAUGAAGAUGACCAAAUCUAUUGUUCAUUUAGUGAUCAAGAUAAUUCAUGUAUUGAAAUACCACCAUAUUCAAUGUCUCUAUGGAAUCAAUGUUUAAAACUAUUAUCAACAAAUUCAACAAUUACAAAUUUAUCAAUUACUCAUAAUUGUGGUGGUGAAUGUGGAUGGGAUAAAAAUAGUUUAUUCAAUGAAAACUUUUUAAAUGAUUUUAUGAAUUCACUUGCAAAUAAUAAAACAAUUAAAAAUUUAACACUUGAUUUUACUCUUAGUUAUUAUGAUGCUGAAACAGACAUUAUAAAUUUAAAAAAAUCAAUUACAUCAAUGCUCGAUCAAAAUACAACACUUGAAUCAAUUGUUAUUUUUCCAACUUCAGAAUUCAAAGAAAUAUCAAAUUUAACAAAAAAUACAAAAUGUAAAAUAUUUACAUAA